AUGUUCUUUGAACUCUUUAGCGUAUCAGAGGAUAGUAAUCCAGACCUGCCAAUAUUCCCGAUACUAUUCUCACACAAGAAUGCCUUUGAAGAGGUCUAUUGUAUCGCGUUCAAGCUUCUAGACCUGACAUGGGAUACGAUGAACGCCAGUUACAUGGAGUUCCCCAAAGUGAUUGCCACUGUGAAGCAAGCUAUUGUCACAGCACUGGAAACGAAGCCAACUACCCUGGAAGCUUUUAACUGGGCGACAGGAUCAUCAAAGAAGACCAACAUGUUCCACAAUGAUGAUGACAAUAUUGAGAAUGAGGACAUCAAGCAAUUGAAGCUGGUGGUGCAGAAUGACAUGAUGGAGGUGGUAAAGAAUCAAAAGAUUGCCAUCAUGACGGAGGGCAUCUACUUUAAACUUCAGAAGCCUAUCAAGGGCAAGACAUCCACACAAACAUUUACCAAUAUGUUUGUCCGACUGGCGCCAGGCACCCAGGACGAGAUUCAAUACUCGUAUUGCAGCCAGGAUCCAACGAGCCAAGCAAACACCCCCUCUGCCCAAUCACAACCAGCGUCAACAUCAAGCAAUCGCCAAGAGCUCACUGGAUCAUCGAGUAUGGUUCCACAGACGACACCUCAAUCACCGACACUGGCGUCCACUCCCGCCAGUCCAUUGUCUGCGGAAAAGAGCAAUCCAAUGUCCUACGUCAAUGUCAGGCUCACCGAUAUAACGUUCAGCGCCACGGCUGCACCGACCGAUGCAUCAAGGGGUCGCCAGAAGCCAGACACCAAGGCACAGCAACAGCAACAACAGCAGCAACACUUCUUCCAAGUGACGCUGGGCAAGGAAGUGUUUGAUUUGGUUGGCAACUCACGUGACGAUCACUCCAACUUUGUCGACUGCAUCCGAGCCAUCACCAAGAAGCCCUUUGAAUGUCCCGAGACAAUUGAGGAGUACAAGACAUUGGUCAACUUGAGUCUCAAGCUCAAACUGCUUGACCUCGAGGGCGUUGAACUACCAAAGACAGCACCAAAGGUACCACCUCCACCAGCAGACUUUAACUUCCUGACCAAAGAGGUGCAUUCCAUGCGUCAAAUACUCCAACAUCAGUUGAAAUAA